AUGGAUCCACAGAAGAUCACGCCUCCUACGGUUCCAACUGCAGAGCCAAUGGUUCGCUCAGCCAGCAUAGACGACUCUCCUGCUAUAUCCUCCUCUUCUUCAUCCACCUCCCUCUCAUCUAUAACCAACAACAACUCUAAUACAACAACUAAUAAUAAUACCGACCAACAGCGUCGCUCGUCUCCACCUCCAACGCUCGCCACACGCCCCGCACCACCACCAGUACCAUCAUCAUCAGACGACAAUGAAAAGUAUCCGCCCCCACCCACCACUCCAGGCGCAGAUAAGGUCGUCUUUGACAAGGGACUCUUGUUCGCUGGUCGCCCCUCUGGAGGAAGUAGCGCUAACAAGAUUGUCAGCGCCCCAUUGCCAACCUUCCCACAAGCUCUCCCAAGGAAUAAUUCGUACCCAGAGCCCGGCAGCAGCAGCAAUAAUUAUAAUUACAAAAACCCAGCAGGGCGAAACCAGUUGAACAAGGGCAAUCGACCCCACAGUCAUCAUAUCCCCGAACCCCGGUCAGCGCCCACUCUUUUAAAUCCCAACAACGCCAGUCCCAGGGUCACCUCUCCUCCACAACAACGCCAGCGGCAGAACAACCCCGAUGGCAACAACGAUACCAACACAAGCAACUAUGGUCGCCCAUAUACCCCUUAUUCAACCCCAGCUGCUCUGCGACCUGAUUCAGUCUGCUCGUUUCCUGACAGCUCACCGGUUAUGUCGCCCAAUGUCUUGGCAGCGGUCGAUGCUCGUCUGCGCGCGAGUGCCAGCAACAACAGUCUUAGGGAACCAUCCCCUUUGCUGCGUCAGGGCGCGUUCCCUGCAAACAGUGUUCGGUCAGGAUCUAUAUCCAAGGCGUCUAGUCUUGCGCCUGUUAUCACGCACCACCAGGUCUUGCAGGGUUCUGAGGCCAUUAUGAGUCGUGAGCAGUUGUACGAUAUAUUGAACAAGGACGACGAUGAUGAGAAAAGUAGGCGAAAUGACAGUGGAGACACGGACGCUACAGGAUAUUACUUGCGCACGCCCCGACCUGGAUUCGUGGGCGGUGGGUCGUCGACCCGGUCGUCACGACGCAAUUCGAUGGCUUCUUCGACGGUCGCCGACAGUGACAUCGAGCUGGUCGCCAACCCCAGGAAGCAAUUCAGCUCUUCGGCUCUUAGAAAAGGCGGCGCGGGCUUUGCCGCUCAUAUUCCUGCUGGUGCUGGCGGUACAAGGAAGGCACCCUACGAGAGCGGAUCGCUUCACGACGAUGAGGACUACUCGGACGUGCCGAUGACGACUGAGAGGAGUGCCUGGCUCAAGAACAAGAGCAGCGCGACCAGGAAGUACAGGAGUCUUUGCUGUGUGAUCGGUCUCCUCUUGUUCAUCGGUGCUGCUGUUGGUAUCGCUCUUGGAUUCAGGGCUCGUAAGGACAAGGUCGACGGCCUCGCACAACCACCAAACCCUGACAAGCCCACAAACCCAUUGAAGCCACCAACCCCACCCAUCACCCAAUUCACUCCAGACCCCAAUCUCCGCAAGGCCUUCUACGGAGUCGACUACAACCCUGCAAAGGCCAUGAUGCCUUGGUGCGGCGCCACCCUCCAACCCGUCAUUAACGACAUGAUGCUCAUCUCCCAAAUCACCAACCGUGUCCGACUCUAUGGCAUGGACUGUAAACAGGCCGACUUGACCUUCCAGGCGAUCGGUGCGUUGGGGCUGAACAAGACUAUGCAGGUUAUAUUGACGAUUUGGGUGGACAAAAAUCAGACGACUUAUCAGAGGCAGCAUGAUACACUUUUCCAGGUGUUGGAUACGUAUGGGACGGAGAUGGUUAAUGGGAUUAGUGUUGGUAAUGAGGUUUUGUUCAGGAAGGAUCGCACCCUUUCCGAGCUUGACUCCCUCAUGAAGGCGGUAAAGGAAGAGAUCAAGACGCGUUACGGAAAAUCCAUCCCCGUAUUCUCAUCCGACGUUGGUGGCGAAAUGUCUCCAGAACUCGCCUCCAUCUCAGACAUGCUCCAAGGAAACAUCCACCCCUACUUUUCAGGCACCCUUGCCGCAAACGCCGCCAACUGGACAAUGAGUGAGUACGAGAACAAGAUCGCUGCCAACCCGACACCUAUGGCAUUGAAGGGUGUGAUUUCUGAGGUUGGUUGGCCAAGCGCGCCCGCGAGCGCUGUUUAUAUGAAUGGGUCGGUUCCUGGGUUGGCGAAUAUGCAGACUGUUGUAGAUAAUUUUGUCUGCCAGGCUAAUGCUGCUGGUAUUCCUUAUUACUGGUUCGAGUUCAAGGAUGAGCCAUGGAAAGUGGACCCAGAGGUGCCUGUGGAGCCCUUUUGGGGCAUCUUUGAUAAGGACGGCAAGCUCAAGAUCAAGAUACCCGAUUGCAUCGCUCCUUAA